GGAUCAUCGAUGAUGAAUGGGGACAUUAGUCACCCACAUGGGUCCAGUCCAGGAAAUUUGGGCAGUUUAGAAGAGACCCUCCAGCAAAUGAACACGCUGAUCAAAGAGAACAGAGAACUGAAAGAGGCUCUGAAACAGACCAACUUGACAAUGAAAGAGAGAUUUGAGGGUCUUUCUGCUUGGAAGGAGAAGCAAAAGGAGGAAAGAGACUUCCUGGAGCAACGAUUAGAGGAGGCCAGAACCAGACUGAACACUAUGGACGCUGAAAACGAGGCGUUGAAAAAUCAAGUGAAAGAGCUGGAAAAAAGCGGAGCUGAGUGUUUACAAACUGAACUGGAGGCCCUGAGAGGACAGAUUGUUCGUCUUCAAGCCGAGAAGAAUGAUUUGGUAGCGAUGAACUCUGAACUCCAACUGAAAAUGGGCCAAGGUUCACCUAGCAACUCCUUCAUUGAGAUUAGAAUAGCUGAUGAUGACUUAAAAGUGACCAAAGAUUUGUCCAGUGUGCCAAAAGAGGCAUCGAUGUUCUCCAUGCCAAAGGCUGAGUCAGAGGAACAGACGGUGAGGCAGCUGCUUCGCUCGCUCCGAGCAGAAACUGAUGAGAAGGAGAGACUGCAGCUCACGCUCCAGGAGGCUAGUAGGAGAAUUGCAGAGUUAGAGACCAAACUGGAACAUGCCGACAGCAGCGCACAGACGUCUCUACCCUCUGCAGCUGAAACCAAUGCGAGCACUGAGGUGAAGAACAUGGAAGAUCAGUUGUUGAAGCUCUGUAAUGAAUUGAAGCAAGCUCAGAUUAAACUGGACGAGGCUGAGAACAUGAAAAGAAACCUGCAGGACAGAUGUAAAGAUUUGGAGCAGGAUUUAGGCACCUUAAAGACUCAGCUCGGAGACAAACAGAAGGUCCAGGCUGACAACGACUGUCUGAAGGUUCAGAUGGAAAGCCUCCAAGCGGCGAUUAAACUGGAACAGAAGAAAACUCAGGAUGAGAAGAACAAUCUGAACCAGCUGAAAGAUGCAUACACCAAGCUGUUUGAAGACUACAGUGAGCUCCAGGAAGAAAAGAAGAAGAGAGAGGGCUGUGUAUCAAAGGACGAUUACGAUGAACUCCAAACCAGGUUUGCUACGGCUGAAAAGGCACUUGCAGAUAAACAGCAGAAAAUCGAUGAGAUGAAGAUGGAAAUAUUCCAGAAGGAAAAGGAUCUGGAAACCAUUUCUGUUUUCCAGGCACAGGCAGAAAUCUAUUCCUCAGAUUUCUACGCAGAAAGAGCAGCUCGGGAGAAGAUUCACGAGGAGAAAGAGCGUUUGGCCACUCAGCUGGAGUAUGUGAAAAAGCAGAACAGCCAGCUUCAGGAGGAGAUGGAGUCACUUGGGAGGCAUUCAAUGAGCGAGAUGCAAAGGAGGCAUGUGCCACGUGGAGCCAAUCCUCAAGGGCCCACAGCUCCAAACAACCUGCCAGGAGGUAGAGGUGAAUGGCAGCAGCAGAACAUUCCAGAUCAUGCUUGUCCUAAAUGUGGGGAAGUCCUACCUGACCUGGACUCCCUGCAGAUCCACAUCAUGGAUUGCAUUAUUUGAGCCUGUUGCCUAGUAACCUUACCAGAUCCCCUCAUAUGUGAAUGAGUGGUGUGAUAGCUUUACCUUAUAGCACCCUGCAAAUAUAUUGCUUUAAUAACACCGGUCUAUGAACCGUGCAUCCUAACAAUACUGUUAUUUAUCAGUCUGGAGGAUUUCAGAUUAAUACUAUAGCUGCAAUCGGUCGAGGAUAAGAAAGAGAACUUAAUGUGUAGCUUUGACUGGGUGGAUUUACUCUGGCUGCAUUCUGUAUAACGAAAAUGUGAUAUUAAGCUGAUUCAAGACACUUGAUCAAUGUCGAAUACUAUGAGUAUGAAUAUAUAAUGUUGCAGGUGGGCAAUCAGUGGGACGUAAUAUCCGUUGUGGGUGAAUUACAUUAUUGUUUGCAAACAUAUUUUUAAGAUUAGCUCUAAUAUAUUUGAGUG